GUCAGCUAAGAAGUUCGUCUAACCGGCUUCCCCAUUCUGUAUCAGACACUAAAAAGCCUUAGUUCCUCCAUUUUUGCUUUACAAAAAGGUGAUGGCUCGGACCAUGGAACCGCUGGCUAGGAAGAUCUUCAAAGGCGUUCUGGCAGCUGAACUUGUGGGGGUUUUCGGAGCUUAUGUUUUGUUUAGAAAGAUGAACUCCAGCCAAGAUUUCAGGCAAACAAUGAGCAAGAAAUUUCCCUUCGCUUUGGAAGUUUACUACAAAUGCAUUGAACAGUCUGGAAUAUAUGGAGUUAGAGAGGGCGAUCAAGAAAAGUGGUUGGAGAGCAAAAAUUAAGGAUUUUGUUGCUGUUCAGAAUUUAUCUACACAAGAAACCAACAGUAUCAAUCAGGAUUAAAAUUCCACAUCAACAUGGAUGGAGUUUGUAGUAUGUGAAGCAAAAUAUAAAUUGUAAUUCAGGUCUUAUUCUUUGGGCUUGAAAAAGCUGACUGCAGUAUGUUUAUUGUGUUAUCAAUAAACUUUGUUUAAUAUUUGUGAAAAUAAAAUGUCUAUUAAAAACUCA